AUGCAGAACAACCCCUACGAUAUCGCAUUGCAGCUUGAGACAACUGCUGCCCAAAUCCGAAGCAUCUCAACCCUCCCAGAGGCUCAACGCGACGGAGCCGUCAAGGACGCCUUACAAUAUCUUCGGGUGCAAGUCUUGGAUUUAGACGAAAAGGUACAUCGACUGGAUGUCAGACACGCCGCUCUCAACAAGCAAGUUCAGGCACAUAUCUGGAACACUGCGAUGCGCCGAUAUCACAGUACAUACAAAUAUCCGGACAUGAGAAUGGGUCACAUGCGCAACAUCCAGACAAAUGAGCCCAUCAUCGACUUCCCAUUACAAGCAAGAGACUUCCGCAGUCUGGAUUCCUCUGAGUGUGACCGUAUUGCAAUCGCGUUGGGGAGGCGGGAAAUGUUAGGCGAGAUUGAAGAAAAGCAGCAAACAGUCAUCCACUUGGUCGGACUCGAUGCUGCCACCGUAUACAACUGGGUCUAG